UUGAACUGGUUGCCAAAAUGAUUUCGAAAAUUUCAGAGGUAACAGAGACUUUACAACAAAAUGCUGACUUCGUUGUAGUCAUUAAUGAGAAAAUGGUGCCAUUGAUACCGAAUGUGCCCGUGGAAAUAACACUGUGGAAUAUACUUCCUAUUGUCAGCCUAAUUAUGAACAUACCACAGGAAAAUUUGGUCGGAGCAGAACAGUCUAUGAAACUCGUUAGCAGAAUGCUGGACAUUAUAGAAAUAAUCCCAGAAAAGAUUCCACUGGAAAAGCAGCAAGUCGCGGUUUCGUAUUCCAAUCUUGCUAUUGGUGCUGCCAAAGUGGAGAAAGACACUUUCAAUGGUCUGGUCUUUGCUGUUUCAUAUGGAACCAAUGAAACGGAAGCGAGGAGUGAGAUAUAUAACGGUUCAAUCCCACAAGCAGAAGAUAAGAUGGACUACAUUUCAUUACCAAAGAGAUUAUUCAAACAUCUGAAAGACGAAGAGCAGUCAGUUUUUUCGAGGAUUUCCAUUUUCUGUUUGCGGAAUGAUAAGCUAUACAGGUUAAUACAAAAUUCUAGUUCCCAAGCAAUUACUAAAAUUGGCAGUCGUAUUAUUGCUGCAAAUAUUCCUAACGUUAAAAUAGCCGACCUUGAUGAACCAGUUAAAAUAUCAUUCAAUGUAACAGGCCAGACUGCCACCAACCCACAAUGUGUCUAUUGGGAUGACUCCCCUGGACAGAAUCCCCACUGGUCAUCAAAAGGCUGUAAUACAUCCAAUGAUGUAUCUGGAGAGAACGUAGUUUGUUCUUGUAAUCAUCUUACAAGUUUUGCCUUACUAAUGGAUGCCCACCAGAAAGGAAAGAAAACGAAUAGUCGACUUUUAUCUAUUAUUUCCAACGUUGGCUGUGGAAUAUCAUUUGUCUGUCUCAUUCUGACAGUAAUAAUCCAUGCUUAUUUCAAAAAUCUAUGGAAAUUAAUAGCUUCAAAGAUUUUAGUAAACUUGUGCAUUUCUUUAGCUGUCACUUAUUUAAUCUUUCUUGUUGGAUUCCAAGAGUAUAGUACAAAACUAACAGCUGUUUGUAAGGCAAUGGCUGCUCUGUUACACUACUCCCUCUUGUCAUCUUUCAUGUGGAUGAGUGUAGAAGCGCUCCAUAUUUAUCUAGGCCUGUUUGUAUUCAAAACCAUUCGGUCAUCAUUUAUCAAGAGGAGUUCAAUUUUGGUCUGGGGUCUUCCAAUUGUGAUUGUCAUAAUUACUUUGGCAAUUAGCAACACAAACAAUUAUAUCAGAAUUGAAAAAGUCUGUUGGUUAUCCAAGACAGCUUUCUAUGCUGCUUUCCUCGCUCCCGUGGCGAUCAUUCUCCUCUUCAACAUUACUAUGUUUUUUGUCGUUAUGUGGCGUCUGAACUCAUUGCAAAAUGACAAGAAAUUUGUACACAACACAAAAAAAGUACGUGUGUUUGGCGUCGUAGGUUUAUGCUUCCUACUUGGAUUGCCCUGGGUUUUAGCAUUUUUCGCUUUUGAUGAAGCUGCAGAAGUAUUUAAUCAUCUUUUUACCAUCUUCAACACCCUUCAAGGAAUGUUCAUCUUCAUAUGCUACUGUAUAUACAAAAAAGAUACCAGAGAUGUCAUUUGCCUCUUUGUGCGUAAACGAAAAACCUGGAGGCAAGUUCCGGAGAAUGUAAGAAGUUCAAUCUCCGAAUAUGAAAUAGGAGGUAAAAAAAAAAAAGCAGAAACGACCUUUUGAAUGAAAAUGAAGAAAAACUCCUCAAGACUAGUCUUUGAUUAUAUUUUACGUCAAAAAUCUAAAUAUUCUUAUAUUACAUUAAACUAAGCAAAUAUAUUCAAGCUGCCUAUUUCAUAUUUAAGUUUUUGCUUUCUCAAAUAAUCUGUAACAUAUAUACGCUUGUGUGUGGGUGUGAGUAUGUGUGGGUGUGAGUAUGUGUGUGUGUGUUUGUGUGUCUUCAAGAGUCACCUUUGGUUAUAUUUUGCCUCAACUUUUCUUCGUAUAUUACAUUGCGUGGCUUUUAUUUUUUUGCCUAUUGAUACAACACUCCGUCGCUUACGACGUCGAGGGUUCCAGUUGAUCAGAUCAACGGAACAGCUUGCUCGUGAAAUUAACGUGCAAGUGACUGAGCAAUCCACAGACACGUGUACCCCCAACGUAGCUCUCAGGGGAGACUCAGCGUGACACAUAGCGUGACAAGGCCGGCCCUUUGAAAUACAGGUACUACUCAUUUUUUGCCAGCUGAGUGCACUGGAACAACGUGAAAUAAAGUGUCUUGCUCAAGGACACAACGCGUCGCCGAGAAUCGAACUCACUAUCGUGAGCCGAAUGCCCUAACCACUGAGCCACGCGCCUUCACAUUGAUACAACACUAUGCUACUAAGAGACUCUUUAAUCCGCAAUAAUGUAAUUUUAAAAGAAGCAACAUGCAUGACUAUUGGCUGAAGCGUAAAAAUCUGAAAAUAUUCCUAAAAUCUCUCCAUAUUUCACUGUUGCCUUCUUUUACAAUGUAAUAUUUUAUUUUCUCUGAAUAAAGUGGUUUGUUACUACAA